CAUGGAGAAAGCCCUGGCGUUUAAGCAGCGCGUGAUGAGCCUCCCUGCGCUGAAAAAGGAGAACCUGAACCCUAAAACCUGGAUGACCGCGGAGAACCUGAGAGGGUUUAGAGACUUUGUACUGCAGAGGGAGAGUGACACGGACACAGACACCAGCUUUGACAAUGUGGAAAUGUUGCUGGACACAGAGAGGGAGUACAUGGAAGCGGCGAAGAAAAACGAUGUCGCCACCAUGAAGCUCCUUGAGAAAAAUGUCAGUGUCAACACAAAAAACGUGCAUGACCGGACAGCACUUCACUACGCGGUGGCAGGGCGAAAUAAGGAGGCGGUGGAGAUCCUGCUACGGAGAAGAGCAAAGUUAGACCUGCAGGACAAGCAUGGAGUGACCGCCAUCCACCUGGCAGCCUGGUUUGGGAGUUUGGACAUUCUGAAAUUACUAGUUCAAGGUGGAGCUGACCAGAAGUUUGAAAACCAGGAGGGGAUGAACAUUCUGCACUGUGCUGCCAUCAAUAACCACACGGACAUUGUGAAGUACAUCGUGAACGACCUGCAGAUGAAAUCACUGGAUAAAAAAGAUCAGACAGGCAGCAGGCCCUUCUCUCUGGCAGCUCAGCACGGCUGUGUGGAGAUGCUGGAGCUGCUGAUGGAGGAGCCGUACUGCAUGGCCACUGCAGAAGGAGAGCAGGACGGGAACACGCCCUUACACCUGGCGGCCAGGAACGGGCACCUGGAUGCGGUUCAGCUUCUCCUCCGGAGCUUCAGCGACCGUGACACCGUCAACAAGGCUGGAGAGACCGCUCUGUACCUGGCUGCACUGGGGGAUCAUGAGGAGUGUGUGCAGGCCCUGCUGGCGGCUGACUGUGAUGUCAACAUUGUGACUGCAGAGAAGAGCAGCUGUUUACUUCCCCCUGCUGAAAAGGGCCACGCCUCGCUGGUGAAACUCCUCAUUGAAAAUAGAGUGGAUAUGAACUUUCAGAAUCAAAACCAGCAGGGGGCGCUGCACCUGGUGGUGAAGAACUGCCACAUCCCAGUGCUCCACACGCUGCUGGAGUCCGGCUGCGAUGCUAAUUUGACGGAUCACAGGGGUCAGACUGCCCUGCAUAUUGCAGCAGAACUGGGCAAGAUUGACAUUGUGGAGAUGAUCCUGAAAACUGGUGCAGACCUGGCCAUCCGAGAUAGGCAGGCCAAGACAGCCCUGGGUGUGGCAGCCAGAGGAGACAUGGUGAUCAUUGUGGACAUGAUCAUCAAAGCAGAACGAUACUUUACAUGGAAGGCAGGCGUGGAGAAUAAUGAAGCCCUGCAUGACGACUCUCCACUGACGUUUAGAUUAGACCACCGAGAGGAGACCAGGCAAAUGCGCACCAAGCUGUGGAACCUGGCCUACAGGAUGUUCAGGCCCCAGGACUGGAAGAGGCUUGCCAGACACUGGCUCUUCACUGAGGAGCAGGUGGCAGCCAUCGAAGAGCAGUGGACAGGCUUGAAGAGUUACCAGGAGCACGGGAACAGAAUGAUGCUGAUCUGGCUCCAUGGAGCACUCAUCUCACACAGGAGUCCGGCCAAAGAGCUGCAUGAAGCUCUGUUCUCCAUCGGAAACAAAAGCGCAGCGGACAAAAUCAGACUUGAAAGCACUGGUAGUAAAGUGAGGAAAUGCACCGUAUUAUAACGUCGGCAGAUCUUCAUCCGUUUGGGCCGGGAGAACAGGCUUCACGAUGGGUUUCACAGCUAGCAUAACGGUAUCCUGAAGUCAACCAGCUGCCCAUUUCAUGCUUUCCUUCACCUGUUCUGUAUGAGAUCUUGUGAAAGAAGCAUGAGUUACACCAACGGUCUUCAGAGCCAAUCCAGAAAUCCAGCAGAUUGUCGUCUUCCAUUACAAACUUCCAAGGAGGAAGAAAACUGGGCCUAAUGUUGAGUCGGACCACUGUUGGAGUUACACACAGGCCCCCUUCUCCUGACCUCCAGACCCCGCACUGAAGGAGAUUAGCAUCUACAAUUGAAAAUGGAGCGAUUUUCUACUUGUAUUACAAGAGCAAGUGUGGAAAUGCUUCACAAGCUAAAAUAGCAAUGCAAGGAUACAAGGAAACAUGACAGUGACAAGUUAAAUGGACUGAGCCUAAUGCUAAAUGUUUAGUUGAUUCUAAUGCUAAAAGUUCGUUUAUAAUCAUUCUCAAAGAAGUAGCAAAGUCAUAUUAUGAAUAAAAGUUUUUUUUUAAAAUAAUUUAAUUUAAAAAGAACAUGGCUUGAGUGGCUCAAUUAAAAAAAAAAGUAAAAAGUAAAACGUACUUUGUUUCAAGAAUACAAUCUUAGAGCAAUGGCAUAAAAUUGUGGACCAGUACAAAAAGAUCGACAUUGAUUAAGCACAUACAGCACUUCUACCCAUGAAUUGAAUCCAUUGCAAUGCCAAAUUUAAAGAAUGUAUUAAUUAAUCAAAACAUAUCUCAAUUCCUCAAAGCAGCAGUCCCAGUUAUGGAAAGUGAUUGCGUUUGCAUAAAUCCUUCAUAAUGAUGGAGUUUCUGUCAGUGACUGUGUUCACACCACUGAGUGUGGCUGAACCGGACCUCACUCCACCACUAUGAUGGAGUUAAUCUGAGAGGCUGAAGACCCUCUGGUGCCGGGGAUAAUGUGAGAGGGUGAGGGGCCUCUUGUUUUGUGGGAGAAGCUCCGGGAGCCGGAGGGGCCCACAGCGGACUGGGCUGACCGGGGAAACCUGGCCGCUGUCGCCUGACCUACA